AAACCCUUAUACUUUUAUAAGGAGACGCCAGUUUGGGAGAGAUCAGAAAGAGAGGGUUUUUUACAUCGAUCCAACCAAAAUGGCUCUCAUGAAUUACCGAUCGGCGCUGAUCAAGCCUAUUGGUUCCUUGAUUUCAUACUCUUCGUCUCUCAGCCGACAAUUUUCAUCGGCUUCUGACGACACGAUCAUAAUCGAGACGAGCAUCCCCUUUACCAGCCACAAAUGCGAGCCUCCGUCGCGCUCUGUCGAGACCUCACCGAAGGAGCUCAUGAAAUUCUUCCAGGAUAUGGCACUUAUGCGUCGGAUGGAGAUAGCUGCCGAUUCUCUAUACAAAGGCAAGCUGAUCCGUGGUUUCUGUCAUCUCUACGACGGUCAGGAAGCUGUGGUUAUUGGGAUGGAAGCCGCGAUUACUAAGAAGGAUGCUAUUAUCACCUCAUAUCGUGAUCAUUGCAUCUUCCUCAGCCGCGGAGGAACCUUACUGGAGGCAUUUGCCGAGUUAAUGGGACGACAAGGAGGUUGUUCCAAGGGAAAAGGUGGAUCCAUGCACUUUUACAAGAAGGAAAAUGGCUUCUUUGGAGGACAUGGAAUUGUUGGGGCUCAGGUACCACUGGGAUGUGGUCUGGCAUUUGCUCAGAAAUAUCUCAAGGAAGGGACUGUGAGUUUUGCCAUGUAUGGUGAUGGCGCGGCAAAUCAAGGACAGUUGUUUGAGGCGCUUAACAUAUCCGCCCUUUUGGAUUUGCCUGCAAUUUUAGUUUGUGAAAACAAUCACUAUGGAAUGGGGACAGCUGAAUGGAGAGCUGCUAAGAGUCCGUCUUAUUACAAGAGAGGUGAUUAUGUGCCUGGUUUAAAGGUUGAUGGUAUGGAUGCCCUUGCUGUGAAACAAGCUUGCAAGUUUGCAAAGGAGCAUGCUUUGAAGAAUGGACCCAUUAUUCUUGAAAUGGACACCUACAGGUACCAUGGCCACUCUAUGUCCGAUCCUGGAAGCACAUACCGUACGCGUGAUGAGAUUAGUGGUGUGAGACAGGAGCGUGACCCGAUUGAACGAAUAAGAAAACUGAUAUUGUCUCACGAGAUCUCCACUGAAAAGGAGCUUAAGGAUAUCGAGAAGGAAGUAAGGAAACAAGUGGACGAAGCCAUUGCUCAGGCAAAGGAAAGCCCAAUUCCUGAACCUUCUGCACUCUUUAGUGAUAUCUAUGUUAAGGGCUUGGGAACUGAGUCAUUUGGAGCUGAUAGGAAAGAGCUCAAAGCUGUGCUUCCAUGAAGAUAUUGCGAGCCCCAACCAAAUAUAUGAUUGGCAUUUACCUUAUGUUCUUCAUCGUGAAAUAAAAGACUUGACCUUCUUCCAUUUAUAACCUCCUUGUUGAGGUUCUUUUUUGUUGAUUACAUCUGGAAGAUGUAAUAUAUUCUUUUGUGUAAGGGGGAGAGAAAAAGUGAUAAAUUUAUUUGUGAAUUUCCACCGCACAGGUUUAUUCUGGGUUAAAUGAUUUUAGACGAAAUGCUGAUUGAUUUCGUAAUAAUAAUAAUAAUAACAGUAAAUGAUACUUUGGUAUGUCAUUAUUUAUC